AUGGCAAGCGAAAAGCUCUCGAUGAGCUUCUAUGACAAGCAGCCCCACCCCAUCCCCGCGCCUGUGGUAGCGACAGCCCCGCCAACCGCUCGGGGAAACCGCGCUGUUUUCUGGCGGAAACUGGUAGUCACCUCUCUCGCGGCUCUAUCGUUGUUAUACUAUGUCGGCUGCUGGUUCUGUGCACUCAGGCAAAGGAUCGACGCUCAGGAGGGUAGAUGGAUCGCUCAGGCUUUCGGCGCGCAUCCCCCUAGAAACCUCGGGUACAGGAGAAUCCCGUUUGGAAAGGCUGCAGAGGAGAUAUUCCUAGCUGUGCCAAACCCCGCAAGCGCUAUCGCUGCCUCUCGACAGUAUGCGACGACACCGCAUCUCGCCGGUUCGCCGGGAGACUACAGAACCGCUACUGAUUUCCUCGCGCUCCUCCAAACCGAGCUCAGCAUUGAAGCGCCUACGCCACUUCCUGUGUUCUCCGCAGGCACUGCCGAGUCUCGCAAUGCGACCCUAUCCAUUAGCGAGGGUUUGAAUGGUCCCACGGCAUGGAUCGACACUUACUAUCCCGUCAUGAACACCCCGCUCGACCGGCGCGUGGAAAUCCUGGAUGAGGAUGGGGAGGUAGUGUGGAGCGCGGAUCUGGAGGAGCAGGCGGACGAAACCGAUCCGGAAGCUGGGAAGUACAAGGACGCUGUGCCGACCUUCCAUGGCCUGAGCCGCGGUGGUGAGGUACAGGGAAAGCUAGUGUAUGCGCACUACGGUCGAAAGCAAGAUUACGAUGCGCUCGUUGAACAGGGGGUCGACCUCAACGGUAGUGUCGUCAUUACCAGGUAUGGCGGCAUCUUCCGUGGCCUCAAGGUCAAGGGUGCACAAGACUUGGGCGCGGUAGCCUGCCUCAUCUACUCUGACCCGCGCGACGAUGGUACAGUCACAGAAGAGAAUGGCUAUGAACCCUACCCCAUGGGCCCCGCUCGUAAUCCCACAUCGGUACAACGUGGAAGCACUCAGUUCCUUUCUAUUUACCCAGGCGAUCCAACAACGCCUGGCUAUCCCUCCUAUGAGAACAGCACUCGCUCGGAAGGAUCAAACAUCCCUUCAAUUCCGAGCUUGCCGAUCUCAUGGGCCAAUGCUAAGGUGCUCCUUGAGGAAAUUGCGGAUGGCGGCAAGGACAGGACUAUUUCGCUCGUGAAUCAUGUGGAUGACAGAGUCAUCCCUAUCUGGAACACGAUGGGCGUCAUUCCCGGACAUAUCAAGGACGAGGUGGUCGUAGUUGGUAACCAUCGGGACGCUUGGGUCAUGGGUGCGACCGACCCCUCCUCCGGAACAGCUUCUAUCCACGAAGUUGUCCGUGGACUUGGCGCAUUACUCAAGGAAGGCUGGACACCUCUUAGGACUAUUGUAAUCGCCAGCUGGGAUGCCGAGGAGUACGGCCUCAUUGGCAGCACCGAGUGGGGGGAAGACUUUGCAGACUGGAUCGAUGAGCACGUUGUAGCCUAUGUCAAUCUCGACUCAUCAGUCGGCGGUUCACGCUUCUACAGCUCCUCCUCACCUUCUCUUGCGCACUUCAUGCGCGGCGCGGCAGAGAGCAUCGCACACCCCACGAAGCCUGGCCUCACAUUAUGGGAUGCCACCCAGGACAGGGGUCCGUUAUAUGGUACGCACGGACGCGUCGAUGAAGAGGCGGUUAGGGUAUAUGAAGAGGAGCAGGCGCAGCUUGCGGCAGCGGCUGCCGACGAGCUUGGCGUAGGCGUUCUUGGCUCGGGGAGCGACUACACAGUGUUCUUGCAGCGCAUCGGCGUCGCAAGCACGAACAAUGGCUUUACAUCCACACUGUCGGAUCCUGUAUAUCACUACCAUUCCGUCUUCGACUCGCAGAGGUGGCAGGAGCUGUAUGCCGAUCCAGGGUUUUUGCGCCACGUCGCUAUUGCGAAAUUCCUCGGUCUGCAAACCCUGCGACUGGUGGACUCAAUUAUCCUACCAUUCAACACCACUCACUACGCUGUGCAGCUCGGUGCCUACCUCGACCAUGUGGAACAAAUCGCAUUAGCAGCCUCGCUUGACGUCGACUUCUCAGACCUCAGGGAGUCCAUCGACUCAUUGUACGCAGCGAGCCAGUCCUUAGACGAGGAGAAGUUCAAGGCCGAGCACGAAAUCAAGCGCUUCAUCAGGCGGAUCGUGCGGCGCCGCUUGAUUAAGAGACAUCUACGGAGGGCCUGGUGCACAAUCAAGAAGGUAUUCGGAAAGCCGUGCGCGGAGAGGCGGCUCAACGCCGUCGAGGGCGUGCACCACCAAUUGGACGAGCCCAGGUCUAACCACGUCGCGCCCCCAUUUCAAAAGAGGGAUGGACGCGCAUUCAAGCCUCGUGUAGGGCUGUGGGGCGGCAAAAUGUGGGAGCGGGAGCAGCACGCCCGCGAGCAUGCACACGAGCGGUCCGGCGGCUGCCAAGUCCAGUGGCGUGCUCGUGCUCGUCCGAACUUCGACGACAAGCUGCGCGAGAGGUUCAGACAAGUUGUCAAGCGUGUUCGGACAGUGAACAAGAAGCUGGGGUCGUUUGAGCGCGGCUUCAUCCACCCAGACGGCAUCAAGGACCGUGAGUGGUAUCGUCACCUAGGCGUUGCCCCAGGGAAGUGGCUCGGGUACGGUGCGACAACGCUCCCGGGGCUAACUGAGGCCAUCACGUUCGAGGCAAACGCUACGCUUGUGCGGUACGAGGCCGAGAGACUACAGGAGCUCAUUGACAGGCUUGCUGAGGAGAUUCUGCCUUGAUCCUAUGAUUCGAUGUUGAUGACGCGUAGUAUACAGUGUAUGAACAGUGACAAGAUUUGUCCACCUUUUAUGCGACAUGGCGAUGUUUCGC